AAAAAAAAACCCCAAAGAACAAGGAAUAAGAAAAGGGAAAAGAAAGGGAAGAAGAGAGAAGCAGCGAUGUCUGCAACGCAAGCGAUGAAGCGAAUCCCUCUAAUCAAAUUCCCUCAGAGGCAUCCCAAACCCUCUUCUGGUUCGUCUAAAUCUACAGAGCAAGUGGGGUUUUCUCCAUUUGGUUCAUCAUCAAAAGAGCAAACAUCAUCGUUGGCAGGCCGGGCUCCAAGUUAUAGAUUCAAAUCAGAUGUUCCUGCUGCACCUUCUAAUACAGCUGUAGGAGGGCAGGCAUCACUACUGCCAAAGCGAACCCCUGUAUCUGAGAAAGAGAUAGAAGCUAUUUUGCUGGGCGGUUGUUUCUAGUCUCGCUUCAAAUGAAGCCAAUUGUUUCUGGCUGACAAAUUGUGGAAUAAUAUUAUGCAGCUUGUUCACAUGGGAUUUAGACUGCCUAGAACAAAUACCACUACAUGACACAUUAUGAGUUUGAUUAUAUUUUUCAGGCCUAACAUAUCUUUAUGGAAGCCCCUUGGUUUUAUAUUUGAUUUCA